GCCGUCUUCAUUUCCAGCACGAUUGUCUGGCAGCUGUACCUGCCGGACUUGUACAACAUGGCGCACGCCGUCGAGGGCACCUUUGUCCCGGGUCCCACCUUCGUCCAAGACACGCAGGCGGCGCUCCGAGCGUGCGGAGUCAUGUCCAUCACGGUGUACAUCGGUCUGUGGCUGAUCAAGUCGUCCUUCCUGGCCCUGUUCUACCGGCUGGGCCACCAGAUCCCGCUGUACCUGUACGCGUGGUGGGUGUGCGCCGCCCUCAUCAUGGCGUGCGGGUUCGCAUCCCUGGGGCUGAACCAGUAUGAAUGCAUGUUCGGGGACAUCGACGUCAUCUUCGCCACGUGCAUGCUUCCGGACUCCCUGCACAGUGUCUACAUCAAGGAGAUCGUGGCCAGCGUGCUUGAUGUCUUCUCUGACCUGCUGCUCAUCAUCUUCCCCGUCUGGAUCUUGUGGAGCACCCACGUCUCCUUCCGCCAAAAGGUGGUCUUAUCGGCCAUCUUCUGCCUGGUGGGCCUGACCAUCUCCAUGACUAUCGUUCGGGGUGUUUUUUCGAGGACCAUCUCGGAGGAUCCAAAGUACGCGUUGGAACAAAUCAACAUUGCGUGGGUGUUUUGGUUCUCGAUCGAGUACCUCACAUGUGAGUUUUGUUCCUUCCUUCUUCAGGUCUGUUUCCACAUCCAUUUCUCGAAGACUGAUGUUGUGAACCUUUAG